AAAAAUGGUUAGUAAAUAAAUUGGGUUAAUAUCUCAACUCUCAAGUACUGACUGUUAAACAUUAUUGAUUCACGGUAAAAAACCCACAACGUUGACAUACCAUCCAGGAAGUUUUUACUUUUCUGAACAAGUUUCAGAUAAGAUAGGGUUUAUAGUUAUGAGUGAAAAGAGUUAUAUAUGUUUUAAAUAAAGCCAGUUUAUACAACAUAUUUCAAUGCGAAAAUAUUGGAUUUACACCCAAAAAUAGUAUAGAUGUAGUUAAGGAUGAGAUAAUGGCAUUAGUUUUGUGUUUUAACUUAUCAAUAAUGAGUCAUGGAGAAUUGUAAGUGAAAGGGAUAAAAGGUGGAGCAAAAUAAUCACUUUGAAACAAUGUGAACAUUAGAAAAUAAUCAGACAAAAUGUGAAAUCUGGAUGAAACGGUAAAACAAUAAUAACGUCUUUCAAGGGCUAGGAACAAGGGCCCUAUACUGCUCAAAAACGUAAAAAAUGACGCAUUAUACACACGAUACGUUAAUGGGAACAUCAAAUAUGUUCAAACUGAAAGUGGUUUUGAUUGGAGAUAUAAGCGUAGGCAAGACGUCAUUAGCGUUACGGUUUACGUCAAACACGUUUCGGGAUGGAUAUCAGGCAACAAUUGGAGCGACGUUUAUUUCUAAGACAACAGUCGUGGAUGAUGACGUCAUUUGCUACCAGAUCUGGGACACGGCGGGCCAGGAACGUUACAAGAGCCUCGUUCCCAUGUACCUGCGUGGGGCUCAUAUAGCACUAGUCGUGUAUGACGUCACCGACCCGGAGAGCUUUGCCAACCUGGGUUGGUGGCUGGAAUGUCUGAAGGAACACGGAGGGGUGCUGAGGGCGGCCGUAGUCGCCAACAAGUGUGAUCUCGUGGAUGAAGUCGGCGAUCUGUCCCCGGUGAAGCUGGCCCAGGAGCACGGUCUCCAGUUUGUGACGGUCUCCGCAAAGACCGGCGAACAUGUUGAGGAGCUCUUCCACAGGAUGGGAGUGAAGGCAGUUGAAGACAUCAAACGACUAAACCAGAAGCCAUCGAAAUUUGACACCAUAAAGCUGACAGAGAGUACUGAGAGUUGUGGGGAAAAGGACGAGAAAAGGGGAAGAAAGAAGUGCUGCAAGUCGUAGAGUUAUAGGACAGUGGUUGUGCAAUAAAACAUAGUGUGCAUGUAUAUUAUAUUUGAUAACUGCAUUUUAUAUAAAUAUUUUAUUUUUUUCAAUAAAGUCCAACCUUUUCUUUGAUCGAGAUGUGGACAUUUCAUUUCAUUCCAUAAUAUGAUUGUGAAUGAGGUCGUUUUCGGCCAUUUUUGAGUAGAGGAAUCUUGUUUAGGGCAUAUUAAUAUAAUUUUACGUCAUGCGAAGUCCAGGUUUGAUAGCAUGACCCUUUAAAUCGGACAUGAGCAUACCACGAAGUGUCUUGGAUACAAUCGUAAAACGAGCAUAUCAUGAGUCAGGGGCGUAGCUAGCCCUCUAUUCAUGUGGAUUCAUUAUUGUGCUAGAGGGGUCCGGGGGCAUGUCCCCUCGGAAACUUUUGAAAACAUGGGUAUUCUGUGCGUUCUGAUGUGCUUUAUUUAGUACUGGAAAAUGGACAGUUUUAGGGCCAUGUAGUCAAGCACGCAAUACUGCAGCUACACGCUUGUGAGUAUCUUCAACAUCAAAUGUUCCAAGUGUAGUAGACAAAGAUACCUUCGGGAUGGCAAACCGGUGUAUUCGAUUCAAAUUGUUCAUCACCUGAUUUCAAGUGAUCAAGUUUUAGACAAAAAUGCCCAAACCUUUUAUAUAUCCCACGCCAACUUUCUUCAAUAUGAAAGCUAUAUAUAUGUAUACGUUUCAAAGACAUCUGAAAGAGAUCAAGUCGAACCUCAAGUUGUGAAGGUAUUUCAACAAAAGUUGAAUCAUUCAGACUGAAAGGUUGAAAGUUUGAAACCCCAUUAGCUGGAUCAUAUUUGCACUUCAUGCAAUUGACCAUAAAUCAAUUAACUUAUUCAAGUUUAGGCCAAGUAUCUAACAUACUGAAUAUCCCAUUGUGUUUUUAUGCCAUCAGGGCUCUUGCCGAAUUUAGAUAUCUUGAUAUAACCUUUUAAAUGCCGUGCCGGUCAAAGGCGUACAUUUUCCUCUCAACUAGAGGCAAGACCUGGCCCCAAUAUCACAAAAAAACUCAAGUCAAACCUCAAUCUCAACUUAUUUUACCACAUAAAAGCAGAGCACGAUUCAAAAUCUCGGAUGUUUUUUUUUUUAUAAAUUUCGAAAACGCAUUUUUCUGCUAGAAUGUUUUGAUAAAACUAUUUCAAAGAAAACUUAUUCUAGAGCAAAAUAUAUACUUUUUUGUUGCGUAAUUGUUAAAAAAAACAUUUUGGGCUUUAGAAUAUUUUUUCCAUAAAAAAAACAUUAUACAUAAAAAAAUAAUAAUGACAUUUGAUGCUAUAUAUAGUAAAAUGAGUUUAGACUGAGACUGAGAUUUGACUUAAGUACUUUUGUGAUAUUGGAGCCUGGGGUCAUUUUUCCACUCUCCAAGAACCAGUAAUUUUAUAUGAAUAAUGAACGUAGGUCAUAACAUUUUACGAUCACGAACUUAUCACUUGAAGUUUAGUGUCAUAUAGUUUCAUUAUUACAAAUACGUUGUUUUUAAUUUCCCUGUUAACAAUUGGUUGGCCGAGUCUUAACGUGUUGUAUUUUAUACACCAUUGUAUCAUAUAUUGCAGACGUCAUCAGAUAGUUUUUAUGUGAAACUUUGUUUGGUUUAUAUGAGUUAUCGAAUGGAUAUGAUCCCUUCUUAACAAAUGCUACAUGCUAGUAUGAGUUAUCGAAUGGAUAUGAUCCCUUCUUAACAAUAGCUACAUGCUAGUAUGAGUUAUCGAAUGGAUAUGAUCCCAUCUUAACAAUAGCUACAUGCUAGUAUGAGUUAUCGAAUGGAUAUGAUCCCUUCUUAACAAUAGCUACAUGCUCGUAUGAGUUAUCGAAUGGAUAUAAUCCCCUCUUAACAAUAGCUACAUGCUAGUAUGAGUUAUCGAAUGGAUAUGAUCCCUUCUUAACAAUAGCUACAUGCUAGUAUGAGUUAUCGAAUGGAUAUGAUCCCUUCUUAACAAUAGCUACAUGCUAGUAUUAUACAUAAGAGUCUAUUCAUAAUCGUAUUUAUUUCAGUUGUGCAUGUCUUAAUAGUGUCAUAGUACAGGAGCGUACAUUGUUAAUUGAAUAAAAGGUAUUUUUAACUUCAGGUUUUGCGAACAAAGUUAGAAUGAAAAGUACGUUUAAAUGAA